AUGGAGAGGAUACACGUUUCCGUGAGAGCGAGACCUCUCUCCGCCGACGACGCGAAGGCUAGUCCCUGGCGCAUUUCCGGGAAUACAAUUUUCAUACCCAACCAAUCUUCCAAAUUCGAUUUUGAUCAGAUUUUUGGGGAGGACUGUAGGACUCAAGAUGUAUACAGAGCUCGGACUAGGGAUAUCGUUGAGGCUGCAGUUGGCGGUUUUAAUGGAACUGUUUUUGCCUAUGGCCAAACGAGUAGCGGUAAAACACAUACAAUGCGAGGAUCAAGCUCUGAGCCUGGAGUCAUUCCUCUUGCUGUUCAUGACCUGUUUGACAUUAUACAACAGGAUAUCGAGAGAGAGUUCCUCCUUCGCAUGUCGUAUAUGGAAAUUUACAAUGAAGAAAUAAAUGACUUGCUAGCUCCAGAGCAUAGAAAACUGCAGAUUCAUGAAAGUAUUGAGCGAGGAAUCUUUGUUGCCGGAUUGAGAGAGGAGAUUGUAGCUUCACCUGAACAAGUUCUCGAACUCAUGGAAUUUGGGGAGUCUCAUCGUCAUAUUGGAGAGACGAAUAUGAAUGUAUACAGCAGUCGAUCACACACAAUCUUCCGCAUGAUUAUUGAGAGCAGGGAGAGAAGUGGUGAUGUGGCAGCAGAGUUCUCAUGUGAUGCUGUUCGAGUCUCUGUUUUGAAUUUGGUGGAUCUGGCUGGUUCUGAACGUGCAGCUAAGACUGGAGCUGAAGGUGUUCGCUUAAAGGAGGGCUCCCACAUCAACAAAAGCUUGAUGACCUUAGGAACUGUUAUAAAAAAACUGAGUGAAGGUGCUGAGAGCCAAGGAGGGCAUGUCCCUUAUCGAGACAGCAAACUCACGCGUAUUUUGCAACCAGCGUUGGGUGGGAAUGCAAAUACUGCCAUAAUUUGCAAUAUUACACUUGCACAGAUCCAUGCUGAUGAAACUAAAAGUAGUCUUCAGUUUGCUAGCAGAGCAUUGCGCGUGACAAACUGCGCUCAUGUCAAUGAGAUAUUGACUGAUGCUGCGUUGUUAAAACGUCAAAAGAAGGAGAUUGAAGAACUUCGAGCUAAAUUGCUGGGUUUACACUCCGAACAUCUUGAAGAGGAGAUAUUGAAUCUGCGGAAUACUUUGCUAAAGAGUGAAUUGGAGAGAGAGAGAAUCUCUUUAGAGCUGGAGGAAGAAAAGAGAGCUCAGGCUGAACGCGAGAAGAGGUUACAAGAGCAAGCCAAGAAAAUAGAAAACUUGAGUUCUAUGGUACUUUGUGCAAACAGAGAAGAGACAAGUGACGUCUACAAGAAGGCAAAAAGACGCGAUACCUGGUGCCCUGGAAAUCUUGCAAGAAAGAAAUUAAAAGAGUUGUCGCCUGUAGUUGAAGAGCACCUCUCAGAAGUGAAAUCAGCAAGAACAGAUCAAAGAGCAGUGGGGUCACUUCUUCCUUUUGAAGAGUUAGUUAAAGAAGAAAGUACUAGUGAGUGUAGCAAACAAGAAGAAGACUGUAAACGCAGUGCUUUGGAAGAUCUUAGUCUUCCUGAUCCUCAUGCUCUGCUGCAUGUUACCAGUAGGCGAAAAGUUGCACCCAAGAAAAGAAGUUCAACUAUGGAGAGCGAUGGCUUUGCCGAGCUGCAAGCAGAUUAUGAAAAUCUGCUUAUAGAAUUCGAAACUCAAAGGAUAAUGAGUGACAUCCAAAUUGAUCAACUAAUGAGGAAGCUUGAGGUGGCUGAUCAGAAAUGCAAAGAGUGUGCUGCACAGAAUAUAGAUUCUUUACCCCAUAAAGAUGGAAAUGGAAGUUUGAGGGACUCAGAUGCUAUACUUGUGAUCAAGCAGCUUCAAGAAAAGAUUGCUGUUUUGGAGAUGGAGAAAUGCUCAAGCCAGAAGCAAUUGAAAUCUGUAGUCGAUUUGGCAACUGAGCAAACUAUAUCUGCACAGGAGAAAUAUGAAAAGGUUCAUAGGUUCAGCAUAUGCAUGAGUUUCUGUUCGGAAUUUGUUUCAAGGAAUUUAUUGUCAUUAACCAUUUUCCAGGAAGAAUCAAAUUGGUUGGUCAGUUUAUUAACGGAGGCUGAGGAAAUAAAAAUGGAAUUUGAAAAGUCAAGGCAUAUUAUUUGGUCGCUCUCCUCUGUAGUGGAUGACCUUCGCAGUUUCUUAUCUGUGACGCCAGACCUGAUUCAUGACCUUCGACCUUCUGUUUCCCAGACAAUGGUUCAAAUAGAGUCGUUAGCAAGGAAUCACAAUGAGGCACAAUCUUUCUUAAGGAACAAAGUUUCUGAACUUGAAGAUGAAAAACUUGUUCUUAUCAAUCAAGCUUCAGAUCUUCAUAGUCGGAUAGAAGAAUUAAACUCAGAAGUUCGAGAAUCUAGAAAUGCAUUCAUGGAACUUCACGAGAAACAGGAAGCUGAAAAGACAGAAUUUCAGUGUCAAUUUCAAAUGCUCCAAAUGGAAAUUUCUUCCUUAUCAACAUGUGCCUUAGCGAAAGAAAAAGAAAAUAUCAGAAAGGAAUUGGAGAAGACAAAAUCAAAACUAAAAGAUACAGAAUUCAAGCUCAAGAAUGCUGUGCAGGAGAAAACAAAGCUCGAGGGUGAGAAGGCAUGUGCAGAGAGAGAACUUAAGAAAGUGCAAAGCCAGAAGGCUAUGCUUGAGCGUGACAUGAGCAAGCGCGAGUCUAUUAUUGGCAGAAGACGUGAUUCAAUUAUGGACAAGGGCUCAAAUAUUUUUGAUUAUAAACGUAACAAAGGGUCUAAUUUGGCUGAGCUGGAGGAGUACAAGAAGCUGGAAGUGCUUGCUUUCGAGAUGGAGGCCACAAUCGCAUCUUUAGAGGACCAGUUAGCAACAGCAAAUGAGGAAAAAGAUAUAGCCACCUCCAGAGCCGAGAGUCUGGCUGUCGAUUUGCAGUCAUUGUCGGAUGAAUUCUCAUUAUCAAGUUCAAAGUCGAGUGCACAGAAGGAAGAAGUUUCAGUUCUUAGAACAUGCCUGGAAGAAUCUAGGUCUCAUGUAGUGGAAUUGGAAAGUUUACUAAAAACAUUAUCAGAAGAAAAGGAGGACUUGUCAAUGCAAUUCACUGAGGCCCUUUUGGCUAUGGAGGAGGAGAAAGCAAUAUGGUCAUCCAAGGAGAAAGCUUCUUUCGAAGUCAUUGAAGAAAAGGAAAAAAUGUACACUUCUGAAAUUGUUUCAGUAUCACAAAAGUUGUCAGAGGCAAGAAACGAAUUGGAGGAUUGUAGGAAAAACUGCGAAGAUCGUGAGCAGUUGCUACAAAAGUUGGAGGAAAAUGCCGCAUUGCAGAAGCAGUGCAGAUGCUUUAGUGAUAAAUUAUCGGAAAUCAGCCCCCCAAAUGAACAAAGUGUUCCCGAUGAUCCAAGCAAAAGGUCUCCAGAGAUUUCUAAUUCCCAACUGAGCUCUGAGUGUCAAAACCCAUACGGAGAAAUUGAAGUCUUACGAUUGGAGAUGAGUGGUCUUAGAAAGGAAAGGCAGUAUUUAUUGUCCCAGGUUCAAGAAUUGGAAGCAAGGCAGCCUGUAUUGCAAGAUGACACUCAGGUAAUUACGUUAAAACGCGACCUGGAGCAGCAGAGUUUCAGACUUACUAGCAUGGAAGAAAAGAUGCAUAAUGAUCGGAUUAAUAGCGACAAGGAGAAGAUGAAACUCAGGAUGAGACUCCACUGCACUCAGGCAAAACUCGACACGUUUCGCGUUAGAUACCGGGAGUCGGUGGACGAGUUAGAAUAUAUGAACAGGAAAUUCGAGUCAGCUUCUAAGAAGCUAAAGAAAGAGUUGGCUAUGUAUGGUACUGAAGUUUUGCACCUGAAGAAGCAACUUGCUGGUUUUAAAGGACAAUGA